AUGAGCUCUAUUGAUGAGAAGCCUCUUUCAUGGUUCAUCAGACUGAUUCAUGAUACUUGCAUUCAUUUGAAUAAAUCUAUGUUGCUCCUCUGCUUAUUCCACUCUAAUUCUACAAUGAGCUCUAUUGAUGAGAAGCCUCUUUCAUGGUUCAUCAGACUGAUUCAUGAUACUUGCAUUCAUUUGAAUAAAUCUAUGUUGCUCCUCUGCUUAUUCCACUCUAAUUCUACAAUGAGCUCUAUUGAUGAGAAGCCUCUUUCAUGGUUCAUCAGACUGAUUCAUGAUACUUGCAUUCAUUUGAAUAAAUCUAUGUUGCUCCUCUGCUUAUUCCACUCUAAUUCUGCAAUGAGCUCUAUUGAUGAGAAGCCUCUUUCAUGGUUCAUCAGACUGAUUCAUGAUACUUGCAUUCAUUUGAAUAAAUCUAUGUUGCUCCUCUGCUUAUUCCACUCUAAUUCUACAAUGAGCUCUAUUGAUGAGAAGCCUCUUUCAUGGUUCAUCAGACUGAUUCAUGAUACUUGCAUUCAUUUGAAUAAAUCUAUGUUGCUCCUCUGCUUAUUCCACUCUAAUUCUACAAUGAGCUCUAUUGAUGAGAAGCCUCUUUCAUGGUUCAUCAGACUGAUUCAUGAUACUUGCAUUCAUUUGAAUAAAUCUAUGUUGCUCCUCUGCUUAUUCCACUCUAAUUCUACAAUGAGCUCUAUUGAUGAGAAGCCUCUUUCAUGGUUCAUCAGACUGAUUCAUGAUACUUGCAUUCAUUUGAAUAAAUCUAUGUUGCUCCUCUGCUUAUUCCACUCUAAUUCUGCAAUGAGCUCUAUUGAUGAGAAGCCUCUUUCAUGGUUCAUCAGACUGAUUCAUGAUACUUGCAUUCAUUUGAAUAAAUCUAUGUUGCUCUCUCUGCUUAUUCCACUCUAA